AUGAUCCCUAAGCUUCUUUCCCUUCUCUGCCUCCGGCUGUGUGUUGGGCAAACAGAUAUUCCUGACAGUGGGCCGCCUCCCAAGCCUAGCCUCAGCGCUUGGCCCAGUUCAGUGCUUCCCACCAAGAGCAGUGUGACAAUGCAAUGUAGGAGCCCCACCCCAAGUAAAUUCUUCAUCCUCAAAAAGGAAGGGCUUGUUUUUGAUUCUAAGAAGCCAAAUGAUUCGACAGAGAUGACUGAGUUUCAUAUCCCUGAGCUACAACAGAAUGAUGGAGGACAGUACACCUGUGAAUCCUAUAGCAAAUGGCACAAUGGCAUAUCAUCACAGCCCAGUGAUGCCCUUCUCCUUUUGGUCACAGGGUACUUGCCUAAACCUUCCCUCCAAGCUUACCACUGGGGCACAGUGGCUGCGGGAAGCAAGGUGACAUUGCAGUGCCAGAAGGAAGGCAGUGUGCUCGGACCCAUAAGCUUUGCCUUGCUGAAGGAGGGACGCUCAUCUCCUGUGCAGAUGAGGAGCUCAGUGGGAACGGUGCUAGACUUCUCUCUUCAGAAUGUGACAGCCAGAGAUUCGGGGAAAUACAGCUGUGUGUACUACCAGCCUAGGGCUCGCUAUCGGGCCUCAGCCCCCAGCGAUCCCCUUGAGAUCUCCGUGGCAGAGUCACCAGAUACCAUGACAGAAGGCUACACACCCCCAGACUCCUUGACAGAAGGCUAUGUCAUGGGUAACCUCAUUCGUCUUGCACUGGCAGCUGUAAUUGUGCUAAUAAUGGGAGGCUUCCUGAUUGAAGCCUGGCAUAGCCAGAGGCUGUCUCCAAAUAGACUCUGGCCCCACAAUGCCCCAGAGAAAUAAUGAAUCCUUGGUGAAAUGGGACAAAAUUAUCCCUGUGAAUUUCUGUGCAACCGUGAUGGCAGCUUUUGUGGGAAUCACCCCAGGACAGAAUGAUGGCUGCCUCAUUCUGAC